CCUCUCCAGGAGAGAAGCGAAAAGCAAGCUGCUUCGUGAGCUCGUGCCAGCGCUGGCUUGAUGCCAACAGGCCAGAAUGAUGUCGAACAUCCUGAACCGAAGCUUCAGAACUCACCGUCGGACGCACAGCACCCCUCCGGUCGCAUGGUGACCGCCACGGUGACCGACCGGAUUCCGAGGAAUAACACCUUGUCCGCGUCGGGGGCUGCGCUUACCGACGUUCCCGAGGACGAGGAACUUCGAAGUGGCGGCCGGAGACAAAGCUCGGUGGCCUUCGUGUCUGCGACGGCGUCGACCACGCCGGUCUCAAUUCAGGACACCAAGGUUUCCCUCGCAAUGUACGCCACGCUAAAUGCGUCAGGAGGUGCUCUUCCCAAGAACCGAGACUGGCUUCGAUUACAACACGCUAUUCGACGUCUAUUCAAGAACAAGGACUCGUGCUUAGAGCCCGGCGAAAUGGCUGCUCUGCACGAAAAAAUACGGACACUGGCAAGCUCUAAGGCGGGUCCCUUUCUUUUCGACUCGAUCAAGCACGAAAUUGAAGUCUGCCUUACAGCGUUUCUACGAAAGCUUCAAGUUGUGCCAAGAAACAAGCUGUUGGAUUCACUGUCCUCUGAGUGGGAAAACUUGUUUCGGCACAUCCUGCCGACGCUUGACAUGAUCUUGUACGUCGUCAAGGGUAAAGGCUCAAUUACUGUGAGACAAGCCUUUCUUGUGGUUUUCCGAGAUGCAGUUGUCACAAAAUUGGAUCUUGAAGAUCUCAUUAACGAGGAGACUCGUCAUGAAGUUCCCGAAGGAAUACGCCAUAUGCUUCUGAUUCUUUACAACGUUAGUGACAGUUAUCCACCAUCAAAGACCAAAUUGAAGCUUGAAGGACUUCUGGCGCGGCUACUAGUGCCCUUCCUGGGAUUUCAAGGCUUAUACGAAGGCACGCCUGAGCCCACAGUAAAAUCUGCAGAGCCAGAGGUUGCCGCUCGCCGAAAGUCAGCAGAUGGCGUACCGCUACCCAGGAAGCUGUCUCGACCAAUGAGCUCCCAGCCUCGCCAGAUUGAAACUCUGCACGAGCUUUUCUUGACGGCACUGCGAAAGCAGCCAGAUUUUUAGCUGCUUACAAAUAGCCUGCAUCUACACUGUAAAUAGUGCAUUGUCACUGGAUACGACAAGGAAUUUUUCAUAAAAACCGGAUGUUCUCAUUUAUUUCUUGCUACAAUAAUAUGAACAUGUUCGUUCGUUUCGACUAGAUUUAGAAAAUGCUUCUGCAA